CUUUCCACAUUACUUCUCUCUCCGUCCCGGCGCCACCCACACCAGCAAGAUUUCGCCCGCCAGGAGACCGGGCGAGAGGUCCCAAUCCUCCCUGCGCCUCGGUCGCAAGUCGCUGGUGGCGGCGGGGGUCGGGGUGGCGAUGGUGCUGAUCUUGGUCAUCGUUAUCCCGGUGCUGGUCAGCUGGCUGGGCACGGCCGCCCACUACCAGAUGCUGGGCACCUGCCGCAUGGUGUGCGAGCCUUACCAGGUCACCAGCCCCAGCGCCAGCCCCGCGUUGGAGGCGCUGAGCGAGCAGCACCUGGCGCCGCCUUCCACUCUGCUCCAGGGAGCUCCGGGAAAAGCGGGCCGUCCCGGUAAACCGGGGGCGCCGGGGCCGCCAGGAGAGCCGGGACCACCGGGCCCGAGGGGUCCGGCGGGGGAGAAGGGGGAGUCGGGCAGGCCGGGGUUGACGGGCGCUCCCGGGGCCGGGCCGGGUGCCAUCAGCGCCGCCACCUACAGCACCGUGCCCCGGGUGGCUUUCUACGCCGGCCUGAAGAACCCACACGAGGGCUACGAGAUCCUCAAGUUCGACGACGUGGUGACCAACUUGGGCAACCACUUCGACGGCUCCAGCGGCAAGUUCACCUGCUCCAUCCCCGGCACAUACUUCUUCACCUACCACGUCCUGAUGCGGGGCGGAGACGGCACCAGCAUGUGGGCAGAUCUCUGCAAGAACGGACAGGUGCGUUCGAGCGCCAUCGCCCAGGACGCCGACCAGAACUACGACUACGCCAGCAACAGUGUCAUCCUGCACCUGGACGCGGGCGAUGAAGUCUACAUCAAGCUGGACGGCGGCAAAGCACACGGGGGCAACAACAACAAAUACAGCACCUUCACGGGAUUUAUCAUUUACACAGAUUGAGGCGGCAGCUCCGGCAACAGGAUCCGCUCGCCUUCAAGCUCCGGCGAGGGAACGGCCUCUGGAACGGAGCAGCGAUCCCCAGUCACCGCUGGAAAGGCGAGCGCUUUUCGCAACUCGCUGACUCUCAUAGUUCUCUUAAAGGAUAUUUAUCUGCAACAUUGAUUAGUGUUUGAGGCACGGGGACAGCCAGUGUUGCUGCGCCCGGAUGUUUUCCUGGGGGUUCUGGCGGUGGCGUUUGAUUUGGAUCAUUCUCAGCUCGGCUGCCGACACCAGAAGCAGAGCGGGGAGAAUCACUUGUCUCUUUGUGAAUAGAUUCCAAACUAUCAGCAGCCUCUGGGAGCUCCAGACCGGACAGGCCUGGCUCCUCGCCCGAGAUGGACAGAAGCUCCUUGGCUAAGACAGGAGCCACCUGCCAGUGGAUCAGACAGGGAACCCGCGCCUCUGGCCUGCUGUAAUGUGACUUGUUUUCAUAUAAACGUUCA